CCCCCUGUAUGGGAGACAGGUAAUCCAGAAGCUUUGAAUUUGGGCAGAGCCUGUCCUGCAUCAGGUUACUCAGUAUGGAUUGGUCAGGGAUGAGCAGAGGGAAGGGGGGAAAUUGUUAUAUAAAAACCCUCAAUCACCUGCGCAGCACCUCUCAGAUAAUCAUAGCUCCCUCUCUGAUCCAAUACUGCCUUUCAACAAUUCUGGCAUGUCUGCUGAAGAGAAGACGCCCGAGUCCUGGCCUCCCAGGGUGCAGAUAAAGAGCCCACCGUAUGUAAGUAACUAAACAAUACUUUGUAUGAUACUACACUUGUAUCAUUAAGAUAUACCAUCGAGAUUCGCAUUAUUGAGACUAUUAUUUUACAACGGUAUAAAGACGCCUUGCAAUGCAGAUACAAUACUAUCAAUCAGUGCAUGCAUGGGACCCCAUUCUGUACUCAACACAGUGGGCUGCUGUAAUAUUGACAUUUUGUCAUGUGUACUCGAUGGGAAACAAGUAGAGAAACCAUACAUGGCACAAAGGGCACUGGACACACUCUCAUACACUUAGCACAAUAAACAGAAUGGACAUAACCAGAUACAUCUGGGACAUCCGCCAUCAUCACCCAGCUUGUUCUAUGAUAUAUGUUAUUUUUAAGGAGAUGUUGGGGCGGGUGUGGGGGACCUGUGAAUUAUUAGCUGCAUGGAUUUUGCAAUCAGGACGUUUUAGAUUAAGAUUUCUUGUUUUUCUCAGCCAUUCCCGACCGCUCUGGACUUCCCCCCGCCACCCUCUCCAUCUGGCCGCAGGCUGCUAAUAAUGACCGUGGGGGCAGUAGCCGCUCUGGCUAUCAGCGUGCUGGGAGUACUGCUGGCCACGUACUUAGGAAAAGCUGCAUGCACACAGGUGGGCUGGUGGAGAAACUGUUACUAAUACUUGUGCACAUCACAGUGUAAUCUAAGGCAGAUUUUGCAGAUUGAACAUCUUAAAAGUCAAUGAUGCUCUGUGUUGUCAUAGCAACCUGUUCUUUACAUAUGCAAUAGCAAAAUAGAAUGUCCCUCUCGCAUAGUGACGGCAGGGUCACUAGAGUAUGCUGUCGGAAAAAUAAGUAAUUGGUCCUUGAGGGGUUAAUUACAAAUGGCUCCCUUGAUGUAUACAUCUUAAUAUGUUUUUUUUUUUUUUUUUUUAAUCUGGUUUCUUGGGGGGGAGACACUAAAUGCACACUAACACACAUAAUACAAUUUUUACUGGGGGGGGGGAGUUUUUCACGCUUAAAAUUUUUAACGUUACACUAUAGCGUUAGGAAUACAAAUAUGUAUUCCUAACGCUAUAGAUUUUUACUACCAGUUUUAGUGUCCCCCCUAUGAAGGUUUGAAAGGCAAGUAUUACUUACUUCUCAGUCCACGCCGCGCCAGGCUCUGUCUUGCGGCUCCGACUCUUUGGCUGAGAUCAUCAGUGUUGAUGAUCCCAGCCAAUCCAAUGUUUCAUCACAAGAAAUGAAGCAGUCUGGAUGCUUACAGAGUGCAUUUAAACCUUGCAUAGAAAAACUGCAAUGUUCUACAUUGCAAGGUUAAAAGGACAGUGCUACUGCGCCUAGACCACUUCAUUGAGAUAAAGAGGUCUUGAUGACUUUAGUGUCCCUUUAAAUAAUCCCUCUAAUUUUCGCUCAUUGUGUAUCCAAUGGGGGAAUGCUGCCUGAGUCAUUUAAUGUACCUAUCUUUACAGAGAGACACGUCUGGUUAUCUGCCAGCCCAACUCAACGUCCAGAAUGAGGCAUCGCUGCUCCUGGCACUCAGUGAUCUCACCGAGCAGGGUUCCACACCUGGCAUCACAUGUGACCUUAAAAAUGUAAGGAGUGUUAGCGACAGGAACUUGGGUGCAGAAAAAUGUUCUUUUGUGCUCACGUAAGGCUAUACAGGGGCUAAGAGUAGUUAGAUUAACCCCGGAUGUGCUCUCUUAUGUGGCAUAACUACGUGGGUAUUAAGGACAUUUCUCCAGGUUUAAAGAGGGCAACAUGAAUAACAUUGACUCUUGUUCUUUCAGCACCUGAUGGUUUAUCACGGCCAACCUGAAGGAUGUGUAGCAAGGCGAAUGGAUGCUACAGAGAUGUUGCCUUCCUGCCAAGACUUGGAGAGUUACUUCCAGGCAGUGCUGGUAAAUAUAUUUCACAAUCUGCGACAGAGGACAAAAACUUCACACCUACACACAAGCAGGAACAUGGGGAAACAGCACAGAACUUCCACACCUGCAUGCAGGAUUUCCAAACAUACACAUGGCUAGAAAUACAAGGCCAGGACACAAUGUAAUACGCACAUGAUUAGAGGUACAAUAUAGAACCCCAAAACAUGCACGUAGACAGGAAUAGGAAGCACAUCAAGGUACGCCAAUACAUGCACAUGGCAGUAAUAUAGGGAUACAAUGGGAUCAACAACCACGUAGCAACAUGGGAUACAUAACUACACCUUUAUAGGUUAUUUAGUUAUUUGUGAGGAUUACGGCAGUUUUCUCCCUGCCUUCAGAGAAACGUAACCCUGGGCCUGUCACUGGACGUGCAGGUUGCUGCUGCUGGGACAUUAGGAAGCCUGGUGACCCUGCUUUGCAACAACAAACCAACAUAUUUACUCACUACGUUCACACGUAAGUAUUCUCAAUUAUUCAUCCCCAUCUAAUGACCUUAGCAGCCCAUGAGGUCUCUCAGUGCCACAUAGAGACAGAACAUAAGAUAAAGCUCACCGCUUGGGCAAAGAAAGGCCCAAAGCUAUACAAUGCUUAUAGUGGUGUCAGUUUUGCUUUAGGGCACAACAUUUUGAGUAGUGCUAAUGUCACACAAUGUGCCGAAAACAAUUAUAAACUACAUAAGAACUGCAGCAGUUUUAAGCUGUGUUUGUUUUCGGUCCUGUAUCUCUGCUGCUUUAUUAAUUACAGAUAUUUGUACCUCUAGCUCCUGCUCGGGGACGAAUUAGCCUCGCUGCAUGAAAUUCACCAGAAGCCAGUCUCCAGCGUCACCAGGUUCUGAACACUUCUACCGACACUUCAUCUAAAUCUGUAUAUAACAAUCUGUGGAGAACUUAGAGAAACGCAAACACAGUGUCUACGAUUAACAUAAAGACUCGAACUGCCUUUCUAAACAAGAAAAUCAAAGCAUGUUCCCAGCAUCAGAAAUCACAGCCAGUGUUUGGUCACUGUCUAUCAAACCAUUUCAUGCAUCUAUCACUCAAUUUACCAGCUCAGAAUGACCUGUGUUUGAUGCACAGAGCAGACAAGAACUCUAAUCUCUGACGCUUUUGCUAAGUUGAUGCACAUUCCCUGCUUUUUAUUUUUGGUAUUUGCUCCUUUUAUUCAGAAAUAAAUGCAGUUAGUCACUUGUCGAUUCUACACUAAACCAUAGCUAUCAGCUACAAGCAGUAUACCUGUCAAUCUGGCCUCGUCCUGCCACGUAACUUCAUUUUAUAUUCCCUUAUCCAAAUGUAUUAUAGAUUACAAACUUUUUUUUUGGGUGGGGGGGGAGGGGGGAUAAGAUUAUUUUGUUAGUCAAUUACUUUUUUACAUGAGCCCACUAUAUACUUGUAAAGAGCUGCAUAAUAUGUUGACGGCCAUAUUAAAUGCCAAUAACAACUGAUCUUGAUUCUCAGAAUCUAAUCCUUAUAUACAGUCAAACCCAUGUCCCAACGAAGCGUGUGCAUUAUAUUACAGGCACACUUUGUGGCUAUAAUGUCUGAUUUCUGAUAAAUGAUUUACAGCUGAGCUCCAUAAAUACAAUUUAAAGGGUCUCAUGAAGCACCACAGCCAUAGUAAGGUGUAGUGAUAUUUUGCUUUGUGUCCCUUUAAAUUUUAUGCUCCAGGCUCCUUCGAUCCAGUUCUCUUUUAUGAAUUAAGCUAAUUGCAGACUAUACAGCUUUCAAAUAAACUGCAACUUUCCAAAAACCUUCAGUACAGGGUUUAUGGGAUAUGUUCAGUGUUUCCACUGGAGUGUGAUCAAGAGAAGUGGGUUUGCCAAAUUUCAUGGAAAACUCACAAUGAAUGCGGCACAUUAUGGGAAAUAGAGUGAAUUCAUGUAUACAUUCUAUAUAAACGCUAUAUUUAAAUUUGUGGGAAUUGACAAUUCGUCUUCCUGUUGGUAAGUAGUGAUUUGCUAUAAAUAGCACAUUCCUUGACUCUCCUUAAGAGCUCAAAUUUACUGCUCCCCUUUAUUGUCUCCUAAAACUCAUUUACUAGUUUUGACAAGCUGAAAUUAAAUCGACACAGUGGCCAAGUAAUACUGUUCUGUAAUUAUCUUCUAAAGAAUUCUUGCCCCGAUCUGUGUUUUACUAGCCCGUUAAUGUAUUCAUCCAAUUGGAGUCUUACCACUUAGUGUGUCUCAACUAAGAUGCAAUGACAUUCUAAUCACCGAAACGUCCCUGGUCCAAUCCGCUAUAUGUAUUAACACUCCGUACAAUGUUUGCCUACUGCAACAGCCCACAGAGGGUCCAAUGCGAAGACAGAAAAACACUAAAAAGUGAGAAUUUGUUUCAUCUCAUAAGAAUUAUUAAUAAACGAUCCAAUCAUUUUGAUCCCUGAAUGACAUCACACACACUGAUAUCUUUAAAAAAAUGGCCAUUCUUCUAACGUUACAGUAACAAGCUUUUCCCCUGCACAGCUACAGCCACUGUUUUUUAUACAAUCGCUCCUGCCAGCAUAUACAGGUUAGGACUAAUAUCUUAUAUAUGGGAUAAUCUAAACACAGUUUAUUUAUCUGAAUGUGAUUUCGUAGUGAUAUGGUCUUCAUAACUAUGUACCGUAUACCAGUUGAGGCAUGACUCUAGUAUUCACCAUAUAUAUUAUUUCUUAAUCAUCUUUCUAUAUCUGUAAUACAAAAGAUUCUUUGAUGCCAGCUUAGUGUUGGAUAUAAAGUUCCCUUCCUCUGCUCUUAGCUAAAUAUUUUACAAAAUAAAUGUAUUUAUAAACUU